GCGGUGCGGCCUGUGAUCAUGGCGCUGUUCCCGGCCUUUGCGGCCGUUAGUGAGGCUCCCGAUAGCGGGAGCUCCAGGAAAGAACUGGAUUGGCUGAGCAACCCCAGCUUUUGUGUGGGUACCAUACCAUCUCCGAGCCCACAGACUGAGGAGGCCACGGGCCCUGUGUCCGAAGGGCCGCUGCUGACAAGAAGUCCUCUGAAAUCAGAGUCUUCGGAUGAAAGUGACUUUAACAAAAAGUUCAAACACACAAGCCGAAAAAAGAAGAAAGAGAAAAAGAAAAAAAAGCAACAUCAGCGUCACAAGAAGACCAGGAGGAGACACGGGCGGUCGAGCAGCAGUGGGUCUGAGCCUGACGCUGACUCUCCAAAAGGCAGCUCUGCCCGUAGCACUGACCGUAGGAAAGAACCAGAGAAACCAACUCAGGAAAAUAACGCUGCUGCUGAUGUUGGCCAUCGCUUUGUUUGGCUUGAGGACGUCCAGGCUCUGACAGAAGAAACCUUCAGAAUAGAUAAGAAACCGGAUCGUGCAAACUGGGAGUAUAAGUCCCUCUACCGAGGAGACAUAGCAAGGUACAAGAGGAAAGGAGACUCCUGCCUGGGCAUCAACCCCAAGAAGCAGUGCGUGUCUUGGGAGGGGGCCCCCACAGAGAAGAGGCGCUUGCACAGGCAGGUGGAGCGCUACUUUACCAAGAAGAGCGUGGGCUUACUGAGCGCCGACGGAGCUGCCGUGCGCAGCCGAGCGGAGCCGCCCCCCUCGGAGCCAGAAUCCUUCAUCCCCGUGAAGGACUCGGACGGCGUGGGGCCCCCCGUUACGACCUGGCUGAACCCUCUGGGCAUUUAUGAUCUGUCCACCACGCAGUGGUUACAAGGACAGGGUCCUUCAGAGCAGGAGCCGAAGCAGCCGGACGCGCAGCCCGACCCGGAGAGCGCGCUUCUCAAGGCCAGGGUGGAGGAGUUCAACAGGAAGGUGCGGGAGAACCCCCACGACAUCCAGCUGUGGAUGGCGUUCGUUGCUUUUCAGGACGAAGUCAUGAAAAGCCCCGGCCUGUAUGCCAUCGAGGAGGGCGAGCAGGAGAAGCGCAGGCGGUCACUGAAGCUGACUCUGGAGAAGAAGCUGGCCGUCCUGGAACGCGCCAUCGAGAGCAACCAGAGCAGCGUGGACCUGAAGCUCGCCAAGCUGAAGCUGUGCGCCGAGUUCUGGGAGCCCCCCACGCUGCUCAAGGAGUGGCAGAAGCUGAUAUUCUUACACCCCAACAACACUGCCCUUUGGCAGAAAUACCUUUUAUUUUGCCAGAGCCAGUUUAGCACCUUUUCAAUCUCGAAGAUCCACAGCCUCUACGGCAAGUGCCUGAGCACCCUGUCCGCUGUCCAGGACGGCAGCAUCUUGUCGCACCCCGCCCUGCCCGGCACCGAGGAGGCCAUGUUUGCACUCUUCCUCCAGCAGUGCCACUUCCUGCGGCAGGCGGGUCACGCGGAGAAGGCCGUCUCCUUGUUCCAGGCCAUGCUCGACUUCACCUUCUUCAAACCCGACAGUGUGAAAGACCUGCCCACCCAAGGACAGGUGGAGUUCUUUGAACCCUUCUGGGACAGUGGCGAGCCCCGGGCUGGGGAGAAGGGCUCCCGAGGCUGGCGAGCGUGGAUGCACCAGCAGGAGCGCGGCGGCUGGGUGGUCAUCACCCCGGAUGAGGAUGACGACGAGCCAGAAGAUGAAGACCAGGAAGUCGGGGAUAAGACGCUGCCCCGGUGGCGGAUCUGGCUCACAGCCGAGCGGGCCCGAGACCAGAGGCACUGGCGGCCGUGGCGCCCUGAUAAAACCAAGAAGCAGACGGAGGAAGACUGUGAGGAUCCAGAGAGACAGGUGCUGUUUGAUGACAUCGGACAGUCCCUGGUCAGACUGUGCAGCCCAGCCCUGCAGUUCCAGCUGGUGGCCGCCUUCCUGCACUUCCUGGGCGUGCCUUCGGGCUUCAGCCCUCCGGCCUGCUGCCUCUACCUGGCCAUGGACGACAGCUGCAUCUUCGAUGGUGGCCUUUACGAUGAGAAGCCGCUCACGUCUCUCAGCCUUUCAUCUUCCGGCGUCAGCUGCGUGGGCCGCACAGACCCGCUGGGCUGCCGGCGCUGGGCCAGGGGCCACGACCGAGGGGGCGAGGAGUUCAUCCGCAACCUCUUCCACCUCGUGACGCCUCUGUUUUCCGGCAAGGAGAGGUCUGAGCUCUGCUUCUCCUGGUUGCGGUAUGAGCUGGCGAAGGUCAUCUGGUGCCUGCGCACUAAAAACAAGAAGAGACUAAGGUCACAAGGAAAGAACUGCAAAAAACUGGCCAAGAACCUCCUUAAGGAGCCAGAAAACCGCAAUGACUUCCGCCUGUGGGCGCAGUACGCACAUCUGGAGUGGCUGCUGGGCAACGUGGAGGACGCCAGGAAAGUGUUCGACACGGCGCUCAGCCUGGCCGGGGGCGCGGGGCUGAGGGACCCCCAGCUGUCGGAGCUCAGCCUGCUCUACGCCCAGCUGGAGGCCGAGCUGCUGCCCGGCGCGGGCGCGGGCGGGGCCGCGCGAGCUGUCCACAUCCUCACGCGGCUGACUGAGAGCGGCCCCUACGGGCCCUACGCCGGCCAGGUCUUGGCCGUGCACAUCCUGAAGGCGCGGAAGGCUUACGAGCACGCGCUGCAGGACUGUCUGGGCGAGGGCGGCGGCUCCGACCCGGCGCCCGGCGGCUGCUCCGGCCGCGUGGUCAGCGUGGCCAAGUGCUUCAUGCUCUUUCAGUAUCUGACCGUGGGCAUCGAUGCCGCUGUGCGCGUGUACCGGCAAGUGUUUGCCGAACUGAAGGACUCGGUUUCCCCCAAAGACUCUGACCUGGCGGCGGGGGCCAGACCCCCGAGUCCGAGCCCCAACCUGGAGCCCCUCACGCUGCUGCACACGAGCCUGCUCCGCUUCCACAUGGCCGUCAGCGCGUACCCGCUGGCGCCGCUGCGCGAGGCCCUCUCAGAGGCGCUGAGGUUGUAUCCGGGCAACCAGCUGCUUUGGAGGUGUUAUGUACAGAUUCAAAAUAAGUCCCACAGUGCCAGUAAGACCCGAAGAUUCUUCGAUGCCAUCACCAGGUCUGCCAAACCCUUGGAGCCUUGGUUGUUUGCCAUAGAAGCCGAGAAAAUGAGGAAAAGGCUGGUGGAAACGGUUCAGAGGGUCGACGGUCGAGAGUUCCACGCCACAAUCCCCGAGACUGGCCUGACACACCGGAUCCGAGGCCUGUUUGAAAACGCCCUGCGGAGUGAGCACGGCAGCCAGUGCCCCCUGCUGUGGAGGAUGUACUUGAACUUCUUGGUUUCCUUAGGAAAUAAAGAAAGAAGCAAAGGUGUGUUCUACAAAGCGCUUCAGAAUUGUCCCUGGGCAAAGGUGCUGUACAUGGACGCCGUGGAGCACUUCCCCGACGAGAUGCAGGAGAUCCUGGACCUGAUGACUGAGAAGGAGCUGCGGGUGCGCCUGCCUGUGGAGGAGCUGGAGCUUCUGCUCGAGGACUAGGGGCCAGGAGGGCCGCAAGGCCACGCCGGAGCCAGGUGACCAUGGAGCCUGUGGGAACCUCUGCUGUGGAAGCUCCUUGUGACCCCGUCUGGGUUAGCAGUCUCACCGUACACACGUUUUGGAUGUGUGCGUGACACACCGGCGGGUAUUGCAUAUUAUAUAUGUGAACAUGUGUGCACAGAGAUGACUUCGUGACGCUGGCUGGCGUGAGCUCGUUGGUUCCGUCCUCUGCUCAGUCAGCGCCUGCCAGGGUGACUGCACCUGUUGCUCCCUGGCAUCCCACAUUCCUCUGGGUCUCCAGUUGAGGUCUGAGGUCAGUUUGGAUUUAUUCAGCACUAGGACCUCCCACCCUGGGCUGCUUGAGGUAACACUUUCCCUUACCUUCAGAGCGGCAGGGAGUCAGUCACUUAAAACUGGUGACCCCUCCUGCAUUCAGUGUAUCACUGCUCCCCGAGACCUGCACUUGGUGACCCCUCCCCCUGCGGGCCAGCAGUCACUGGGGCUCCUUAGGAAUGUCGGUAGGUCCGCGAAGGCAGUCUGCCCAGGCCAGGACUCCCACGGACUUGUGUGCACACUGCAGCAUGGAAAGCACUGGAGAAUCAAGGGCCCGCAUGCCGGGACCACCUCAGAGCUGAGCAGGGCCCAGAGCCAGCACCUUGACUGCCUGGUGCAUGUUUGGCUUGGCCCUGGUGUGCUUUAAACAAAAAAAGUCCAGACCGGCCACAUUCUUGAUUUCUGAAGGCUGUGAAUGGAUGUAGUGUGAGUAUCCACACUCAGACCAUUUCCUUGGAAAAGAUUUUAGUACCUGCAGUCAUUUUCACUGGUAGAGCAAUUUCCUCAUAACCACUAUUCUGAAGUUCUGUAGAAGUAGACAGCCACCAUGAUUUUAAAAGCAAAUCAUGACCUCUAAAAACUUACAUUUCUUUGGUACCUUGUCCAGAAAAGCCAGUGUCACGAACUUAGGCUAGAAAGGACGUCGAGAGCGCUGGGAAAAGAGCAGCACCAGCCCUUUCUAGGGCCCCGCUGCGGUCAGCCAGCCAGGCAGGCAGACACCUCCGAGCAGCGGACUACUGGGAAGGAAAGAGAGUGAAGCGGAGGCAGGAAGGCGAAGCUCUGUGUUGCGCGCCCUGAGAAGGGUCAGGUUUCCGACCCCAGUGAGGGCAGGCAGGCCAGUCUUCAGCCUGUGCAGAUUUCUCUGAGGAACCUCAGGCUCGUGCAACACUCGUGCUUGCUUUUCUUGUUUCCAGAGUGCUGAGACCCACCGCUGUGCCUAGAAUUCCUGAGGAAAAGCUGUUUUCCUCCUCCUGAAGCCACAUGAACCGAGCUUUGUUGCCUAGAGAGCAGACCGCCAGCCACGCCCUGCUACCCUGGGCCGCUGCUGUGCGUUCAGCCGCAUGCCAGGGUGUGACUCGGGCAGCAGGGGCUAGGUCUGCACUUGGUGAUCACCCAGAUGCUCCCCAACACACGCCCUGCCCACUU